CGGAGGGUGACCGUAACCUGCGGGGACGAAAGGGAAGCGGCAACGCGCGUCGGUCGAAUCAUUUCCAUUACCUUUACCUUGGAAACCAACGGAGGACGCAUUCUCUGUCUCUCUGUUUCAAAGAGAAGCCGUGAGAUGUUCGGAGGGAGAUGAUUCGAAGGGGCCUUACGCGUUGCCUCUGGACACCAACAGCAGCAGCGAGAAGAGCGCCGUAUCCUCGCUUGUCGUCGCCUCCCAUAUCUGGCGUCCGCUUUGCCUCUCCGUCCUCCGCCGAGUUUUCGGGCGAGGACUGCGUCUACGGCGAGCCUCUUCCUCCUCCUCCUCCUCCUCCUCCCAAGGCCGCCUCGAUCCCCACCCUUCUCCAGCCGCGGGUCGUCAUCUACGAUGGCGUCUGCCAUCUCUGCCACCGAGGAGUAAAGUGGUUGAUCAAGGUUGACAAAUAUGAAAAAAUUAAGUUUUGCUGUCUCCAGUCCAAGGCUGCUGAACCAUACUUGAGGUUAUGUGGGGUCGAUCGUGAAGAUGUACUUCGACGUUUUCUAUUCAUUGAAGGGCCUGGAGCAUAUUAUGAAGGUUCCACAGCUGCGCUGAAAGUAGCAUCAUACUUGCCAUUUCCUUACUCAGUGCUAAGCUCCUUGCUGAUCAUCCCUGCCCCACUAAGAGAUGCAAUCUAUGACUAUGUUGCAAAACGUCGCUAUGAUUGGUUCGGGAAGGAGGAAGAGUGCAUCGUCAUGCAGGAUAAAGAGCUUCUUGAACGUUUUAUUGAUCGGGAUGAGAUGCUAGGAGGUGGGGAUGACAGGAGUUUCUUUUGACUCAACUAAUUUUCAGUUUUGACUUUGGAGUAUCUUCACAAUCCUCAUUGAUCAACAUCCAUUUGGAUGAGAGAUGAUUCGCUGACCUAGUAGUCAAUUUCCUUUGCUGCCGCACGUGUGGGCAGUGCUUUGGACAAAUCUCUUGGAAUCUGUUGACAAACCUGUGUCCAUGCCAGGUUCUUAGCACCCCCUCUUGACUGGCAGAAAUACAUGCUCAACAUGCAUGCUGUGUUUUUUUCCAUAGAAUUAAAUGUUAGCACUUUCAUUGAUUAUAUAGUAUUUGUCCAGAACUGUAGAGUGAUGUUCUUAUUUAGCAUGCAACAGAAUCCUGUUCGCAUAGGGAACUUUUGCUGAGCAGCUACCCAAAGCCUAGAGGGGAGACUCCUGGUUCUCUUGCUGAAAUAAAAUCAUACUACGGUUUUUAUAUCUUGUGACAGGUCAAAAUUUGUGACAUAUUAUGUUGAAAUGGAGAGUCUGAAACAAUAUAAACAAAAGUCAGAUGUCCUUACUCGGUUUUUCCAGCCAACAACAUCAUGCAAUUUCAGGAGGAAGUAAACGUUAUUUUGUGAUAAUGGUUUCUGUCCUUUGUUGCAAUGCCAUAAAGUGAUUUUGGCAGGUGUAGACCUUAUGGAUUGAUGAAAUAUGCUUUUAAGAAUUGCUGUAGCUAAGCUUUCAAGAAUUGCUGUAUCUUUGAUGUCUCACUUUUCUGGCUCCAGCGGCCAAAAAGGAGAAGAAUUGAGUAGAUUUUGUUAAGAUAACAAGUUGAUGUCUGAGUGCAA